CCGAAUCCAAGCCAAAAAAAAGGGAGAGACAUCUGUUCCUUGAGUUUUAUUACCUACAUUCACAUCGUUCGAGUCGAUAGUCCCAACGUCGGCCGUUUUUUCCUGCUCCACCUGUUGCCCUGGCUACGAACUGAACAAAUUAUCGAACCGGGUCUGGCGUAAUUAACAGCUCGACAGAAAAAAACAACACUUCUCCUACCCCAGUUAAAAUUCGAAAAAGGGAGCGAUCGGUGGCAUUUCACUCGCAUAUUGAAAUCUCGUCUAGCCACGCACCGUGCUGCAAGUUCGGUGUCCAUAUUAACAAAACCCCCCUAAACUACGCCAUUUCGGUCGGGGUGUUCGCACAUUAAUCUUGCCGCAACGUUGCACAUUACACGCCACACAAAAUGGCGGAUGACCUGGAAUACCUCCAUCCAGAUUUCGAUCUGAACUCUCUCACCGUUCCUCGUCUCCGCUCCAUCCUCGUCAGCCACGAUAUUCCGUACCCUGCCUCGGCAAAGAAGGCUCAGCUGAUUGGCAUCCUUGAAGAUGAAGUCCUUCCGCAAGCCAGAAAGCUCUUGCGCGACCGCGACACGGUUCGACGAACCAGUGCGGGGAUUACUGAUAUGAGCAGUCGGUCGACAUCAGUGGCUAGCGACGCGAACGACAGAGAGUCGAUGCCUCCUCCACCCACACCCUCAACAGUCGGAUCCACAAGCAGAGGCCAGCGAGGUACAUCGCGACGCAGCACCCGUCACUCAACGGUAGAGACCGAUGAUGGUCUCGGUCCUGCCACACCUGUCAGAAACACAAAGCGCACGAGCGUUGCUCGCUCGGUGGGUAAACACGCUCGCACGUCUGACACGGAAACCGGCGACGACACACUCGCCACUCCCGUCGCUGCUACCCGUCCUACGCCUCGCAAAUCUACAGCUAGAAAAGUCGGACGGAGCGAGGUCCUCCCCUCCACAGAAGUGGAUGAACACACUCCUGGUGUCAAGUCAGAAUCACGCAACGAGAGCAUGUUUACGGAUGACAAUCCUUUCCAGAGUGGAAGCCCUGAGGCUCCUAAAAGCGCAAGGAUGAGCUAUGACGGGAAGCGCAAGAGCGUUUCGCGUUUAUCUACCGACAGCCCAGCCCGGGGCCGCGGACUCAGGUCGCGGAAAUCAGCAACGCCGUCCAGCCUUCAGCAAAAUGAUGGUUUCCAGCCACCCAGGCGGGAUUCGUUUGAUUUCGCCUCCCGGUUGAUGCCUCCACAGGAGGAGCCCGAGGAGGAGUCGGAAGAAUCGGAGGAUGAUGAUGAAAGCGAAAUUAAGGCCGGUGAAGAAUUCACGCCUGAGGAACAGCUCGCUAUGUCUAUGGAGAAUGAUCAGUACUCGCCACAAGUUCAGGCUAGGCGACGGCCCCAAAAGCAAGGAACUCUCAGCCGCUUGGCCCCUUGGGUGGUCAUCCUUUCACUUGCCGGCAGUUUUGGUAUCUGGUGGCGCAAAGAAAAGCUCGAGAUUGGAUAUUGCGGCCUGGGAAAGCCCACCUGGUCUUUGGCAGAGACCAAGGUUCCUGAGUGGGCGAAUGUUCUGGAGCCUCGGUGCGAGCCGUGCCCAAGCCACGCCUUCUGCUACCCGGACUUCGAAGUGCGCUGCGAAAAUGAUUUCCUUUUGAAGCCGCAUCCUCUUGCCCUCGGUGGCCUAGUGCCGUUGCCGCCAACAUGUGAACCCGAUAGUGAAAAGGAACGCCGCGUGAAGGCUGUUGCUGAUAAAGCUGUUGAGGAGCUUCGUGAGCGCCGGGCAAAGUGGGAAUGCGGUCAGCUGAAGGAAGACGGCAAGGGCGCCAGAUCUCCAGACAUCAGCGAGCCAGAGUUGAGGGAAGAGGUGGCCAAGAAGCGCCGCAAGGGCUUGAGUGACACCGAAUUUGAUGAGCUGUGGAAGGGCGCCAUUGGCGAGAUCCUUGGCAAAGAUGAAGUUAUCAGCAAGACCAAGCAAAAUUCCGACAUCCUCGUCCUCUCCUCUACCUCCAUUGCACGGCUCCCACUCGCAUGCGCCGUCCGCCGCCACUUCCGACUCGCUCUCCUCGCGUAUCGACUCCCUAUUUCACUUCUAAUCUUGACCAUUGGUCUCCUUGUGUACGCUCGUGCGCGUGUGCUUGCACGUCGGUCUGACAUUGCUCGCGUGCCUGAAUUGGUAGCUACAACCCUUGACCGACUAUCCACACAGGCUGCACUAUACGCCCGCGGCGAUGCCAAAGAACCUCAUAUUGCCAUUGGUCAGCUCCGCGAUGACGUCCUCCGCUUUGAACUCCAAGGCAAGCGUCGCGAGGAGCUCUGGCGACGGGUCCGCAACUUUGUCGAGGGCAACGCUAACGUCCGUGCUUCGGUGCGAGAAGGACGUAGCGGUGAUGUUUCUCGAGUCUGGGAGUGGAUCGGUGGGAUCAACGCUGUCGGCGAGCCGGAACAUACUGGCCGCCGUGAAAGUGCACGCUUCUCUAUCCCUUCUCCAUCAGGGAACAUUUUGGCAAGCCCUCACACCCCUGCGGGCGAAAGUCAACCCGAGCCUAUUUCUAGUCCGAGAGAGUCUCGCCGCUGGGAUGAGGGCCGUCCGAUCUACUGAUUCUCGUCCUGCUCUCUGGAGGAUACGUUGGUAUUUCUACACGCUGCUCGACCGUGACUGUAUUCUUUUUGAUAUCCCACCCGUUUUUCUUUUCCGAUGUAUGAGAUAUGGCUCUUUUUUCCCGGGUUUUUUUUCUUUUUACACACUUUAUUCCCUGUUUCCUUUGCCUACUUCUUCAGAACAUAUUCCUGUCCGUCCAUACAAAUUCCAUUACCCAUUCCAAUCAAAAUCUUCAUUUUUCUCAGACAGACACAA